CAGUGACGAGUUCCACCGUCCCCUAUCCCCUUUCCGUUCCUCUCGCCCAUCGACCGACUCCUUCCUUCCUUCCUCUUCACCCACAACAUGGACGAAUCCGGCGCGGCGGACACCACCAAGAUGGCCAACGGCGAGGUCUCCGACGACGUCCGCCCGGUGGAGGUCUCCGACGACGGCCGCGCGGUCGACUUCUCCAGCGAGGACACGCUCCCGGGGGUUCUCAAGAGCUUCGUCGACGGCGUCUGCUCGCGCGGUGCCGCCGGGGAGCCCCUGCUGCGACGGCUCCGGGCGGCGUCCUGCGAGACCGCGCCGCGGCUCCGGGAGGCCUCCAGGAACUCGGCCCGCGACCUGCUCGCCUGGACCAGGCAGGGCAGCGGACUCCGCGCGAUCCUUGUCAUCUCGGUUGGAACGAUUACGCUGAUAGCACUGACUGGCCUGCUGAUUUUCAUGUCCUUCCUGCUGGUUGCGACUGCUAAUGCUAUCAUCAUUUCAGUCCUUAUGUCCUUGGCAGCUGCUGGAGGGUUCCUGGCUUUGUUCUUUGCCUGCUUAGUUGCAGUGUAUGUUGGAGCAGUAUCAGUUGCUAUUUUCGUCAUUUCCGCUACGGUUAUCUCAGCAAUUGUUGCAGUCAUGAUUGCUACUGGUUGGGCUGGAUUCUUUUGGGCGAUUUGGUUUGCGGCAAGAAAGAGCAUGGACCUUACGAAGCAUUCAAUCGGCGUGACGACUUCGGCUAUGCAAUCGUAUUCAUCUUCGCGACAUGUGAGGCAGAAGCCUACAGACUGAAGAGCGGGCUGCGAUUCCGGCUCCAACUGCGCUAGAGCCGCGUGACGUAGCUGGCUCGCCACCUUGCUGCUAUAUCAUGUGCUACCUGAAGCUUCCUCUUUGUGAAUUACUGCUUGUCUAGUAGGCUCUCAUGACCAGGGGACAGACAUGCUGGUAUAGGUGAGAGCUACGGUUCCCUGUAUAUCGGUCCAGUUUAGUGUUAAGGGUAUCGCCUCUGAACUUCUAGUUGUCUGUAUACUCUAGUAGCCAAUAAGGCAGGUUGGUUUUUAUGAGAUGUAGUAGUGCGGUAUUGUGAACCAGUGAGAUAGCCAAACUCUAGUAGCCAAUAAGCAAGGGUUCUCUUUUAUGGGAUGUAGUGCGACAUUGUGAACCAGUGAGAUAAAAUAGCCAAUGUUGGCCGUGAGUAUGGAAUAAAUCAGCUAUGGUAUUGCGCUGUAAAUAUACAUGCUCUUCAUGAUUC